GACUGAGUCAGGAGGAAGCAGACGACAACCCCGAGUUGAGUAAACUGUGCUGCCUCCAUGUGGAUUACAAGCAAAGGGGGGUGAAACAAGCUGUCAAUUGAAGCUGCUGCAGUCGUUUAGUUGAAUCAUUUUAAAGCCCGAGUGGAAAAUCGGGUUUCGUUUUGCUGCACAUGUCUGUUUUUUGUUUGUUCUCUUGUCUUAGUUUACAUCAGGUUAAAUCUUGUUUAGUGUGCGUGCGGUUCAAGGUAUUGCAAAUGAGCGCUAGUCGCAACUUGUGCGAGUUUCAUCAGCGGCAGAUGAAAAGGAGGCAAACCCUCUUCUAAAGAACACAAUCAGCGGAUAAAAGUUGGAUUAUUCUCCUCUUCCUGGGUGUAAACUCUAACUUUACCAACAGAGACGAUGACCUCGGUGUGGAAACGACUCCAGCGAGUUGGUAAAAAGGCUUCAAAGUUCCAGUUUAUCGCUUCUUAUCAGGAACUUGUGCUGGAGUGCACAAAGAAAUGGCAACCAGACAAGCUAAGAGUGGUGUGGACCAGGAGGAACAGGCGCAUGUGCUCCAAACUCCACAGUUGGCAGCCUGGGAUCAUGAACCCCUACAGGGGAAAGGUGGUGUGGCCUGUUCCAGAAAACAUCGAUAUCUCUGUUACACUGUUCAAGGAACCUAACACGGAUGAAUUUGAGGACAAAGAAUGGACGUUUGUUCUUGAGGGUGAGAACAAAGGUCACCGUAAGGUGCUAGCAUCUGCUGACAUUAACCUGAAACGCUUUGCCAGUCCCACACCAACCCAGACUGACCUGACUCUGAAGCUGAAGCCACUGUCGGUCAAAGUGGUAGAGGCUGAACUUAAACUAUCGCUGUCAUGUGUCUUUAUUCGAGAAGGAAAAGCUACUGAUGAAGACAUGCAGAGUCUUGCCAGCCUCAUGAGUGUCAAACCCACUGAUAUUGGCAACAUGGAUGACUUCAAUGAGAGUGAUGAAGAGGAGGACCGGAAAUCUGUCACUGCUACAGUUGUUCCACACACUCUAACCCGUCCAAACCGUCCAGCUCCGCCUCCACCUGACACUCGAACGUCCACUGGAGCCACUUUUCCAGCUUCAGCCUGUGGGCAUGAUGUUGAUCCUUCCACUUCCAAUCUACAUUCUCGCCCUCCUCUGCCGACUGCUCCGCGCCCCUCACCCCGCCGUUCCCGACAUCCAUUCUCAGCCACCCCUGUCCAGUCAGAGAUCCAACCUGCCCAUGGCCCCUCCCCUCAGCCGUCGCCCAGGUGUAAGCGUCCAAAAACAGCCAACCCUGUCCUUCCUGACGGUGCUGUGUGCGACUCUGUAAUUUGUCCUCCUGAAACCCCGGGCACAUCAAAUCCUCCAGUUCAUAGUGUAUCCUCUUUCUCUCCUCUUCUUGAAAAUUCAAAAACCUCCAAAUCUCCCUGUAAUAUGUUUCCAGCCUUUGCUGAGACCUCAAAUACACCCCCAGCUCUGUCCUCAGAGCUCCACAAACUUCCCCCUUCUUCAUCAGCAUCACCUAAAAUAGCAAUAACGUCCUCAUCCAUGUCACCUCCUACAACAUCUCUCAUUGUAUCGACUUCUGUGACCCAUAAGCCAAUCUCCGCAGUCUCCCAGCCUCCUUCUUCCGAAUUUAAAUCCCUCCAAAAUUCCUCUCUGCCCCAUGUGGAUCAAUCUGUUCAGCCUCCUAUCACAUGGUCACUCUCUCAGCCCCCUUCUCUGCCCAGAAUCUUCCAGGCAGCCCCAGCUCCAACUACACCACAGCAGCGCCCCCAGGAGGUUCAGAUUGCAGGUGAUUCUGCUUCAGGCUCUGGCCAUUCCCACGUUUUCAGACCCCAGGUGGUGAAAUCUAUCGCCCGCCCCACCUCUCCCUCUCCCUCUCCUUUAUCCACUGAUGCUUCUCCACUUUCAUCAUCAUCAUCUGUCCCCAAAUUUCCCCCCUCAGGCUCAGAGUCAGUCACUCAAGAGCUUUGGCCUCCAUCGAACAACGUUCCUGCUAUUGGAAACAUCACCCCCGUCCCUCUGCUGACUAGUCCUGAUCUUGAUGCUCUCUGUGACCCAGAGACCCCAGCUCAUUCUGCCGCUCUUCUUUCCUCCCUGACUUUUUUCUCCUCUUCUCUUACUUUUACUCGUCCUUCACCUCCUACUGCUCAAAUCCGCUCUAGUCAGACAGGCUCUUCAUUUCCUGUCCCUCGAGUGGAUAAAGAGACAACUAUAAGCCCAAUGAGCAAAGACAAAACGUCUCCUGCAAGUAUCCAGGCAGAAACAAACAGGAGAACACUGGAACAGUCAAAGCUGAUUAUCACAGAAAGCAAAGCUGGAAAGACCAGUCCCGCUCAGCCCUGCUCAGAGCUGAUCAUAGCCCCGCCACCUCCCUGGCCCUUUUCCUGCACCCCUCAGGAGUCCUCCACCAGUGUCAUUGCUGCAUUUAUCACACCUAAGCAGCUGGAUGUUGAGGAAAAAAAUGAAUUGAAAAAGCAAAUUAGUGAGAAUGUUUUGAGUGAAACGCUGUUCAAAACAGCAUCUGAACUUGACUAUGAAGACGUUGUUAAAAAAUCACUUAACCAAAGACAGAAAUCAGGGGGAUUGUUUCUGGAAGAAGACGACUCUAGGUGUGAUACUAUCAAAAGGUGUCCUACGGGUCUUGAAAAUAAAACAAAUGAAAAGCCAUCACUGACAGAACAGUUAGAGGGAGCAGCCUUGCAAAAGGAGCAAGAGAAACAGUCAGAAAUUCAAAAGAAAGAAGGGGAGAGGAGAAGGAAGGAGGAAGAACAAAAAGAGAUGCUCCUAAGGCAGAAGGAGGAGGAAAUGCAAAAAUAUGAGGAAGAGAGGAAAAGGCUGCUAGAAGAGGAAAAGAGGAGGCUCCUACAGGAGGAGGAGACUGCAAAGAAGGAGAGAGAGAAGAUGAAAUUAGAAGAGGCGAGACUCCUGAAGGACAAGAGAGACAAACAUGAGAAAAUGAUGGAGGAACAGGAGCAUAGGAAAAGAGAACAGGAGAAGAGGCUUCUCGAGUCAAAAGCAAAAAAGGAAAAUCUGAAGAGGGAGGUGGAGAAACAGCAAGAGAGAGAAAGAUUCAUGGAGAAGAUUAAAGAGGAGGAAAAACAGAUAGAGGAGCAAAGAAAGAAGAGGGAGGAGGUGAAAAUGAGACUCUCGGAGCAAGAAGAGAAGAGGAAGAUGGAAGAAAGACUUUUGAAGGAGGCAAAUGAGAGCGAACAACAGAAAAGGGAUGAGGAGAGAAAGAAAGAAGAAGCAGAGAAAAAGAGAUGUGAGGAGGAGGAAAGUAAGAUGAGGAAAGAGAAGGAGAGACUGAAAGAGACAGAGGACAAGAGAAAGAAGGAAGAGGAAGAUGAGAAAAGGAAGGCAGAAGAGAAAAAGAGAUUGGACGAUGAGCAGAAUAAGAGAAAGGAAGAGGAGAAAGGACUCAAAGAAGUGGAAGAGAGAGAAAAGAAAAAGGAGGAGGAGAGAAAAAGAGUCAAAGAAGCAGUGGAGAAAAGAACGAAGGAACAAGAAGAAAAGGAGAGAUUUUUCAAAGAAGAGAGAGAAUGGAUAGAGAGGAAUAAAAAGGAUGAAGAGGAGAAAAGACGUGACAAGGAACAUAGGAGGAAAGAGAUACUUUUAAUUGAGCAGAGGGAGAAGGAAAGGAUGCAGAAGGAGGCGGAAGAAAGACAAAAAAGAGAAGAAGAAAGGCAAAGACAGCUGCAAGAGGAGCAGAGGAGGCUGGCAGCAGAGAAAAAAAUUAAGGAGGAGAAAGAAAAGGAGGAAAGAAAAAUGAAAGAACAAAAGAAGCUUUUGCAGCAGAAGGAAGAGUUGGAGAUAAGAAAGAAGAAAGAGGAAGAGGAAAAGACGAGGAGCAUUCUACUCAGCAUUGUGGAGGACAACAAGUCAGAUGAGGACAAGGAGAAGAUGAAAAUCAUAUCUCCUCUUGGUUUCAAACAAUCCCUCACGGAUAUUGAAGGUGAAAUAAAAAUUCAGCUUCCUGCUCCACGCUUCCCCCCACUGGUGAAAACCAACAUUACAGCCAAACAGCUGCCUGAACAAAUUUCCAUCCAGUCAGACGACAUAAAGAAACGGAGUGAACCAAACUCUGCUUUUAAUGAGUGUCUGAAGAAGCCCUCUGAUACCCAAGAAAAGACAAAAUCUGCCUCAAAUCAUUCUCCACCUGAUAUUCAUUCAGGCCUCACUGUGGAGCUGAAUAAAACACUGGCAUUAGAGGUCUUGACACUUGCGCCACCUCCACAGAGGAUGUCUGAUGCAGAGAAUCCUCUAUGGAAAGCGCUAGAAGGGAGAAGUUGCAAAGAUACAAGUGUACAAAUCUCUGCUGAGGAGGGUGCAAAACCUUUGAGGAGAGGUUCACCCAAAGAAGAAUCCAACAAGUUGGACACUCUGGUGACACUGCAGCACCAAAUAACAGCAGAAGAAAAUUCAGACAUACACUUAAAAUCACCAAAACCCAGCUCAAAACUAGUUCCAGAGGAGCCUAAAGAACCAGUAAGGCUCACCCUACAACCAGCAACUCCUACUAAGCCUUCCCUAAAACCAGCUGGAGAGCAAACAGAUUUUUUGCCCCCAAAACCAAAACGAGAACUGCGGCAGGAGCGAGACCUCCAGCUUUCAGGCAAAAUGCAACAGGAAGGAGAAGAUGAAAAGAAACCCGCUGAAGUUGUUGAUCAGGAGACCCUUGUGAUCAAUGAAGAGCCACUGGGCAAUGCAGAGAACAAACUGUGGGUAGCUGUGGAGGAGAGCACAGCUCAGGCGGGAGUGGAAAGAGGAAUGGAAAGUACUGAAAGUCCUGCAGUAAAGGAGGAGGAAGAGGGUGUAUUAGGGGGCUAUGAGACAAUGGCCUCCAUGCUGCACACAUCUGGAUCAAAUGGUACCAGUCAGGAGCCUUCAGCAGAUAUACCAUGGCCACUUAGAAAUAGGGAAGAACAGCCAUGUUUACAUGAAGGAGAUGCAAAGAUCCUGUGCACCACUGAGCCAGAAAACGAGCCACCGAGCUCUGUCGGUGUGGACAUUUUACCUCCCGUGGCUUUCUCUGACACAGCAGCAAGUCAGAUGAUAGUUGAAGACGAGGUUCAGAAGACUGAAUCAGCUCAGAAACCAGACAACCAGACGCGUGAACUUAGUUUGGUGGCACGUCUGCGACUGGCAGCCAUUGAACAAGAGAAAGAGAGAGAACUAGAGAUGGAGAGACCAGAAAAAAAAGAAAUGGAAAGCUGUAAAGAAACUGAAAGGGAGAAGGAAGAGAAAGAAGAGGCCAAAAGGGAGGGAAAUGAAAAGAAUGAGAAGGAAAGAUCAAAAAGGAUAGAGGCAGAGAAGAAAAAAAUUGAAAGACUAGAGAAAGAAGAGUCCGAGAAGAAAGAAAGAGAAAGACUAAGGAGAGAAGAGGUGGUGAAGAAAGAAAAGGAAAGACUGGAGAGAGAACAGGCAGAUAAGAAAAAGAGGGAAAGACUGGAGCGAGAAGAAGUAGAAAAGAAAGAAAAUCAAAGGCUCAAGACAGAAGAGGCAGAUACGAAAAAGAGGGAAAGACUGAAGCGAGAAGCAGAGAAAAAUGAGAGGGAAAGACUGAAAAGGAUAGAGGCAGAGAAAAAAGAAAGAGAAAGACUAAAGAGAGAAGAGGUGGAGAAGAACAAAAAGGAAAGAUUGGCAAGAGAAGAGGCAGAGAAGAAAGAGGGGGACAUUCUGAAAAAGAUAGAGGCAGAUAAGAAAGAUAAUGAAAAACUAAGGAGAGUAGAGGUAGAGAAGAAAGACAGAGAAAAGUUGGACUUGGAAAAUAAAAGAAUUACAAUUGAAAAAGGGAAGGAAGACAAUAAGAGAAAGCAUUUGAGGCAAAUUACUGAUUCUGAGAAAAAAGAUAAGGAAGAAAAUGUAGAGAUGGAAAAACAGGGAGAAACAUGGGAGAAUAGAGAGCUAAAAACACCUCCUGGUUCUUUAUUUGUUCAAAACAAAGAAAAAGGAAACAAAAGCCCACCAAACAACUUGCCGCCUCUGAAGGAGGCAGAGCUGGAUGAUAUUGCAUAUGACGAUAAACUACAAAGAGGUGACAGGGAACACACAUCUGAUCCCAAACCAGUCAGUACAGUCCCCCCUAAUUCUGCCAGUACAUAUAAGGUGAAUGGCAAUACAUCCAAAGACAGUUCCAGUCUGAGACCAGUCAAGCAGGGUUCAUCCAAACCGAAACAUGAUGCCAUACCAGUGUGGCUGCAAGAAGAGGAAGAGGAGGAAGUAGAGUAUGAAAGGGGACAGGAAGAUAUCGGCUCCAUAUGGCUGACUGAGCUGUAUAUGGAAUGGGAAGCAGGCCCAGGCCAUCCAUCUCCUGCUGUGGCCCAGAAGCCUUCACCAGCCCCCUCCACUAAACAGAGACCUAAUCAGAGCUUUGAUGUGAAGCAGCAAAAUCAACCUCGGUCUGGCGAGACUAACGUUCAGUCUCCUGACCCUCUUUUCAUAUCUCAGAUGAAGGGAACAACAGCAAAAAUUUCAGGCAAACAACCAUUGAAAGAAAAGAGUGAUAUAGUUCUUACUAAAACUGAUAAUAGUCUAAAGGUAACAGAAAUUGUUAAACCUUUGGUGGUGACUGAAACACCUACUGGCAUAAACAUCAGUAACAUAAAUAAGACAAAAAUGCCAUCGCAUUUGCAUGGGAGUCUUGAAUUGAGUUCUGAACAUGACCAGAAGAUCCCCAGUUUAAGCAAUAAUCUGUUCAAAGAGCAGCAGCUCCAAGAGGAGGAAAGACGUUUACUGGCUAAGAUUCGGCAGAUGUCAGGCGACACAUCCCAUGUUAAUGGGCCUCGUGCCAUGAAACGACUCAUUCCCACUCCUGGUGAUAUUGACAGCGAUGCUACAGAGAGAGGAAGCCAUGUAAACAACCCCACUGACAUUACCGAUCACAGUCAGCUCUCAGUUAUUACCUGCUCUGAUGCUCUGCAGAAAAUAAGACUACAUGAGACAGAAGAGCCUCUUGGAGAGGACGAAGUGAAAAACUGCAAGAACGCAGGCCUACCUGAUGGUGGACCAGAGAAACAAUCAUCUCAGUCCAAAGACACCUCCAGUACAUUUACUAUUGUUUCCUCACAUCAGUGUGAGAUUAAGAAUUCUCGCCUUCCGACAUUACCAGAGGAAGAAUCCACCGAGCUCAGGACCACUGAUCCAGUGCCAGUGGUCACAGAGGAGGUUGAUUUGAAGGAUGACACUGAGGACCUUGUAAACUCCAGCCAGUCAUUGCUCCAGUGGUGUCAGAGCAUCACCAACAAGUACCAGGGUGUAAAGGUCACAAACUUCAGCACGUCCUGGAGAAAUGGCCUGGCCUUCUGUGCCAUACUGCAUCACUUUCAUCCAGACAAAAUAGAUUUUGACAGCCUGGAUUCUCAUGACAUCAAGUUAAACAAUAAGAAGGCAUUCAACGGUUUUGAGGCGCUGGGGAUCUCUCGUCUGCUCGAGCCAUCCGACAUGGUUCUCCUGUCCGUCCCUGACCGACUCAUCGUUAUGACGUACCUCAGCCAAAUCCGCUCACAUUUCACCAACCAGGAGCUAAGCGUACUGCAGAUCGAGCACAACAGCAGUCAGUCCAGUUACGGGCUCGCUCCCUCCGGUCCCGCUCCCACCAACGUCGAUGCUGCGGCCUUCUGCAUGGCCAGGCUGAACGAAGGUGUGAGUCUGGAGGAAGGAGGGAGCAACACCCUGGUGCUGCCGCCACCAAGAACCAAACGUGCUGUUAAAGUGGAAGAGACAAGAAUCCCAGUCCCACCCCCAAGAUCGAUUACCAAAGCUGCCAAAUCUGAACAGGAUGAAGAUGUUAAAUCUGCCACUGAAAACGCUAAUAACUCAGAGCUGCAGAAUGCAGCUGAUACCCAGCCCCCUAAACAAGAAGAAACAAUGUACCUGCAGGACACCAGUCAGUAUGUCUUGAGCGAACUGGCGGUGCUGGAGACGGAGCAGAAGCACAUCGACAGCAGAGCGGCGGUUGUGGAGAGAUGCCUGCGAAGCCUCAUGGAAACAGGGAGUGAUCGUGAUGAAGAGGAGAGGUUGAUACAGGAAUGGUUCACUUUGGUGAACAAGAAGAAUGCUCUGAUACGCCGACAGGAUCACCUCGAAUUAUUACAAGAGGAGCAGGAUCUAGAGAGGAGAUUUGAGCUUCUCACCAGAGAACUUCGCGUCAUGAUGGCUAUAGAAGACUGGCAAAAGACAUCCACUCAGCAGCAAAGGGAGCAGCUGCUCCUCCAGGAGCUGGUGUCACUGGUCAACCAGCGGGAUGAGAUCAUCAGAGAUAUCGAUGACAAAGAGAAACGUGCUCGGGAGGAGGACGAGCGGCUGGAACGAGGUCUGGAGAUGAGGAGGAGGAAACUUAGCAAUAAGGACAAAUGUGUGUUACAGUGAAAAGAGCGAACACAAACUGCUUGUGUACCCGAAUCCCAAAAUCUCAACAAAGCACUUUCUUUAAUUAUUUUAAAAAUAGAGAACAGAAAGAUAUCUGUCAGAACUUUAGGGAUUUCAAGUGCCAACCCCCACCCACCACCCACCCCCGGAAAUGUGCUGUUAGUCUAAAGCUGGGAAAUGUGUGUUAUCUGACCAUAAUGUGUGUUUUAGUAGUUUUAUGUUAAUUCAUUUCAUCAAUUUUUAUAUUUAUUCAAAUGUGUGUCAUUUUGUCUUACAUUUUUUGCACAAAUGGUGUUUUUCAUGUGUUGUGUCUUUCUUGAUAUUUUACAAAAAAAAAAAAAAAGAAUGAAUUAGUAUGUCCAAACAUUUCAGAAAAUAGUAUAUCUUGUAAUUAUUUGAGCUGGACUCAACCCAACAAGGCUGUCAGUGCAGAAUGCAUAUUUACUGUCUAAUAAACCUAAAGGCAGUCUCACUGAUGCUCAAAGUGGUAACACAUCUUAAAAUGUAUCUUUUAAUGUUGGACCCUGGUGACUUGACUCACCCAUGGCUCCUUCGGAGCGGCUGUUCCCAUCUUCUUGGCAGGCAGAAGUUAAAAUGUUUUGGCAUUUCUGCAUAGUUUGAGGAAUGCGUGCAUGCUUUUUUGACGUGUGCAGAUAAAACGGUACCUAUCACUCAGCGUGUAGGAUUCCAGAUAUCGCUCUCCAUAUUUAUGACUGUUUUGUUCAUGAAUGACAAAUAAAAUGAGGCAUAAGAAAAA